UGACGGACAAACUAAUGUGGAACAGUUUUCAACCAUACUGUAUGAUCUGUGUGGUCCGCACAUCUCUGUCAUUAACAUGCUUGGUCUACAAAACAAAAAAAUAGACAUCAUGGUUUCUGAAAAUGGUCACCACUGCUACAGUGGAGUGAUGUGUGAUGAAAAAGAAGAGCACAAAGAAAACAAAGGGCAGCUGGACCACAACGAAGAAACAAUGGAUUCCUCAGUGUUUCAGCCAAACCAAAGAGUAGAGGAGUUGGAGGAGAAUUCAGCUGAAAUCAAGUGUGAUCCAGUGAAUGAACCUGGUGAAGGUGAACACUCAGAGAAGAAUGAUGACAACACAGGAGGAGAGUCUGAAAUCACAUCUGUAUCAUCUGCAAACAAUGAGAAAGGAGAGGCUGAUGAAGUUAAAGAUGUCAGCAAUGAAAGCAGCAGUAAGAUGACUGAGGGGUCGAUGGAGGAGAGUGACGCAGUGAAGGACACAAGUCCAACCUCUCAGACUGUUUCUACAGCAACCAAAGAACUAGAGGAGUUGGAGGAGAAUUCAGCUGAAAUCAAGUGUGAUCCAGUGAAUGAACCUGGUGAAGGUGAACACUCAGAGAAGAAUGAUGACAACACAGGAGGAGAGUCUGAAAUCACAUCUGUAUCAUCUGCAAACAAUGAGAAAGGAGAGGCUGAUGAAGUUAAAGAUGUCAGCAAUGAAAGCAGCAGUAAGAUGACUGAGGGGUCGAUGGAGGAGAGUGACGCAGUGAAGGACACAAGUCCAACCUCUCAGACUGUUUCUACAGCAACCAAAGAACUAGAGGAGUUGGAGGAGAAUUCAGCUGAAAUCAAGUGUGAUCCAGUGAAUGAACCUGGUGAAGGUGAACACUCAGAGAAGAAUGAUGACAACACAGGAGGAGAGUCUGAAAUCACAUCUGUAUCAUCUGCAAACAAUGAGAAAGGAGAGGCUGAUGAAGUUAAAGAUGUCAGCAAUGAAAGCAGCAGUAAGAUGACUGAGGGGUCGAUGGAGGAGAGUGACGCAGUGAAGGACACAAGUCCAACCUCUCAGACUGUUUCUACAGCAACCAAAGAACUAGAGGAGUUGGAGGAGAAUUCAGCUGAAAUCAAGAGUGAUCCAGUGAAUGAACCUGGUGAAGGUGAACACUCAGAGAAGAAUAAUGACAACACAGGAGGAGAGUCUGGAAUCACAUCUGUAUCAUCUGCAAACAAUGAGAAAGGAGAGGCGGAUGAAGUUAAAGAUGUCAGCAAUGAAAGCAGCAGUAAGAUGACUGAGGGGUCGAUGGAGGAGAGUGACGCAGUGAAGGACACAAGUCCAACCUCUCAGACUGUUUCUACAGCAACCAAAGAACUAGAGGAGUUGGAGGAGAAUUCAGCUGAAAUCAAGUGUGAUCCAGUGAAUGAACCUGGUGAAGGUGAACACUCAGAGAAGAAUGAUGACAACACAGGAGGAGAGUCUGGAAUCACAUCUGUAUCAUCUGCAAACAAUGAGAAAGGAGAGGCGGAUGAAGUUAAAGAUGUCAGCAAUGAAAGCAGCAGUAAGAUGACUGAGGGGUCGAUGGAGGAGAGUGACGCAGUGAAGGACACAAGUCCAACCUCUCAGACUGUUUCUACAGCAACCAAAGAACUAGAGGAGUUGGAGGAGAAUUCAGCUGAAAUCAAGUGUGAUCCAGUGAAUGAACCUGGUGAAGGUGAACACUCAGAGAAGAAUGAUGACAACACAGGAGGAGAGUCUGAAAUCACAUCUGUAUCAUCUGCAAACAAUGAGAAAGGAGAGGCUGAUGAAGUUAAAGAUGUCAGCAAUGAAAGCAGCAGUAAGAUGACUGAGGGGUCGAUGGAGGAGAGUGACGCAGUGAAGGACACAAGUCCAACCUCUCAGACUGUUUCUACAGCAACCAAAGAACUAGAGGAGUUGGAGGAGAAUCCAGCCUCUCAGACUGUUUCAACAGCAACCAAAGAACUAGAGUUGGAGGAGAAUCCAGCCUCUCAGACUGUUUCAACAGCAUCCAAAGAACUAGAGGAGUUGGAGGAGAAUCCAGCCUCUCAGACUGUUUCAACAGCAACCGAAGAACCAGGUAGCUCAGAUAAAGAUACAAGUGGAAACAAGGAGCAUUCAUUGGAUAUUUCUGAAGAGAUCAACAAGAAAAAAGAAUAUCAAAGAGAAACACUGUUUGCUAGACUUCACCUUCAAGACAAACAACAGAAGUUGACACCAGCAGAUUUUCUUAAAAUAGGUCCACCUGUGAAACAGGACCAUGACACAUCUGAGAAAGAUCUAGCUCAUACUUUUCUUCAGAGGUUAAUGAUGUUAGACUACAGAGCCAGAUAUAUUCCUGUAAGACAAGACAGUCCUGAGGUGAACCAUUUAAAGCCUGAUCCAGUGUCUGACACUGUUGAGACAGACGACGAUGACUUAGAUUUAGAUGCUCUUUUAAGCAACACUGUAACCUUUUCUGAAUCAAAACAGACUCAUGUGCAUCCAAUGGAUGUUCAAAUGGCAGUAUUUCACUGCUCAGACAGCUUUUUUAAGCAGAACAUGAUUACAAAGCUAUCACAAUGUCAGCAUGCCUUACCUUUGCUUGUUCCUGACCCAGUCACAAUGGAUAUUGACUGUCCUCUGUGGACAUUCAGACAAAUAAGAAAAACAUGGAAGAUAACUGAAAUCAAAGAUAAUUCAAACAUUGUCACCAUGAAGAGUUUGCCCAUCUGCAAAGCUGAGACAGCCAUGGUGUCAUUUCUCCGCCUGGGUUCACUAUCUCUGUCUAAAUCUCAGCUGAUGAACACUUUGAUCAACGACCGUCACAACACCUUCUUCCACAGAAACUGUCCAGGUAGCACCAAGUCUCGUCAUCUGAUGGAUGGUGUGGCAGAGAUUGCCUGGUACUGCCCUGCUGGAAAACCCAAUGAUGCCUUUACUGACUGCAUUGCCUUCUGUAAUCUCCAUGGUGAUGCUCUACAGAUUGAAAAACAGCGUGACAUAGUCAUGGAAAAAUCUUCAGUCAAUGUAGUUCUUGUACCAACUCUGGAAAAAGGUGACAAAAGUUCUGCACUUCUCAGUAGAAUCUCAGCCCUUCUCAAGUCUCCGAAGCCUCUCAUUAUUCUGUUGGCUGAUAAUGAUCAUGGUGUAGUUAAGAUGAAAAAAGGUAAAUACAAAAUGGGUCUAAAGGACAGAAGCCUGUCAGAUGUUUCUGAAGAACUUAAAAAAAUAAUUGGAGACAUUUUGUCUGGACCACAUGCAUCCUUCCAGCUAGAAAGCAUGGCUGAGGUCUCUGGAAUCAGAGUGGAUGAAGAUGACAAAGUCUGCAAAAAUGGGAAAUCUGCUGCAACGCAAAUAAUGAAUUUGCUUAUGGGGUUGGAAGUUUCAAAGAUCAAAGAUGCAUUUCUCCCUUGUCAAGGCCAAUUGUGGUAUAAUUGGUGCAGAAUAAACAAAGAACGGUAUCACCUCAAAGGACACAUUGAGAAGGAGAAAUGUGAAAAGCAAAAGGAACUGAUGCAAAUACGACGAGAUCAAUGCACUGCUUCUGGUAGUGAACCGAUGAAGUUGUUCAUUAAAAGGCUCUCAUCUUUGCCAUCAACAGACAAGAAGUAUUUCCUGAAGUGGACUCAGAUCUUAAUAGAUGCCCUCCCCACAAAUGAUCUCACUUCAAUUCUCCAAAGGUAUGAUAAAAAGUGGUCUGAGGUCUUGGCUUUGAAGAAUAAGCAUGACAAAUCUGAUCAGUUAAAAAGAAAGCAAACUGAGCUUGAUCAAAUAUCAACAGAACUCCAGUCAGCAACGUUUGGCUUGGAGCACAUCUUUAGAGAAAUGGGACAGAUCUAUGAAGCACACGCAUCUCUGCAGAAACAGACACAGAGGGGACAGCCUGACUGGUCUAAAUACCCUGAGCUGGCUGCAGAGCUGAUGAUAUCAGGACACCCAAUGGAGCUGAUGGAUGGUGAUGCAGGUCAUGUGCCUUUGACUUGGAUCUCUAGUCUUUUAAAUCAAGUCAUCAAGAAACUGGGCGACAAGAGAGUUUUUGUUUUGUCUGUUUUAGGCGUACAAAGCAGUGGAAAAUCAACAAUGAUGAAUGCCAUGUUUGGGUUACAGUUUGCAGUGAGUGCUGGCAGGUGCACCAAGGGGGCCUUCAUGCAGCUGGUCAAAGUGUCAGAGGAGAUCAAGAAAGACUUUCAGUUUGACUAUGUUCUGGUGGUGGACACUGAAGGACUGCGUGCUCUUGAGUUGGAAGGUAACGCCUCUCUUCACCACGACAAUGAACUGGCAACAUUUGUUGUUGGUCUGGGAAACAUGACACUGAUCAACAUCAUGGGAGAGAAUCCAGCUGAGAUGCAAGAUGUUCUGCAGAUUGUUGUUCAGGCGUUCAUGAGGAUGAAGAAAGUUAAACUUUCUCCAAGUUGUGUGUUUGUUCACCAGAAUGUUACAGAUAUUGCAGCUGCAGAGAAAAACAUGGAUGGAAAGAGACGGCUGCAAGAAAAACUGGACCAGAUGGCCAAACUAGCAGCCAAAGAAGAGGUCUGUGAUGCUGAGUGUUUCAGUGACGUCAUUGCUUUUGAUGUGCAGAAAGAUGUGAAAUACUUUGCCCAACUAUGGGAGGGAAGUCCACCUAUGGCUCCUCCAAAUCCAGGUUACAGUGAGAGCAUCCAAGAGCUGAAGACCUUCAUCCUCUCUAAAGCUUCACAGUCUGCUGGGACUACUCUCUCGCAAUUUAAAAACAAAAUUCAUGACCUGUGGAACGCCCUGAUGAACGAAAACUUUGUUUUCAGUUUCAAAAACACACUUGAAAUUGCACUGUACAGAAAACUUGAGGUCCAGUAUGGGAACUGGACCUGGGCCCUGAGGAGCAACAUGUUGACCAUUGAGAACGGGCUUUAUACCAGAAUUGAAAAUGGAAACCUUGACAAGGUCGAGCUCAAUUAUCUUCAUAAAGAAAUGAACAAAACCUAUGAAGAAAUCAAAAAAGCAAUGACAACAUACUUUAAUGAUGACAAAGACAAAGAAAUGUUGGUUCAGUGGCGAGGACAAUUUGAAAACAAAAUCAAGGAGUUUCAUGAUGAACAAGUGAGAGGAGUUAAAAGAAAACUGGAUGAACUCAUCCAGCAGAAGAAUGCUUGUAAAAAGCUGGAUGAUAAGAAGACAGAGUUUGAGAACAAGCUGCUACAAAAGAGCAAAGAGCUCGCUCAUCAGUUAAAGGACAAGGCAAAAGAUGAAGAGGAACUCAAGAAGCACUUUGACUCUGUCUGGAGGGGCUUGGUUAGGGAACUAACUGCAGAUACAAAACCUAUUGAGGAUAUCAACUAUGAAGAAGAUCAGUCAACUGUUCUUCAGGAGCUUGGUUUUGAAUGGUCUCUGAUUAAUGAAUCUAAAAGAAGUGGCAAAUACAAAAACAUAUCAGAAGUUGGUGAUAACAGUCAUUAUGUAUCACAUUCAAACAAAAUGGUAAAAUGGUUGUCUCAGGGGAGAGGUCAGUAUGAACAGCAAUUGAUCAGAUCCCUCAUUGAUGAUGUUGAAAAACAGUCGCUGGAUGCAAUUAAGAGCAAACCUGUCGCUACAAGAGGCUACAGUCUAACUUACUUGCAAGAAGUGGCCAACAAUGUGAAAAAAAAGGUCACAGAAUUUGAAUUAGAGAUAAAAAAAGCUCUAAAGAAGGAGUUUACAGUUGAUCUCAUAUUGUAUGUAUUUCACAGAGCAGAGAGUUGGCUUUCAGAGUCCCACAAGAAAUUCAAAGGAAACAACGAUGCACUCAGUUACGUAGAAAGCAAGAAAAGGCAAUAUUACAACAUUUUCAGAAGCUUCUGCAAAGGAAACUCAUCUGCUGUUGUACUUGGAGAACUGAUGUGUGAAAAACUGAAGGCUUCCACUGUUGAGGCUGUCUGUAACAAGACUGCCAUUGAUCUCGCUGGAGAGAUGAAGUGCACUUUCCCAGCAUUCAGUGGGAACAGGCUGAACUUGGAGAAACAUUUGUUAAAGUCACUGGCUGAGAAAGAAGAUUUUGAUGGUUUUAUCACCUACAUCCGGCACCCAAGGAAGCAAGCAGAGGCUUUUAUAAAAGAGGAAGUACAGAAAUACAUCUUCACAGACAACAAUGAUAAAGCACAGAAUAUACUCAAGAAAAAUGUUGAAGACAUCAAAACACGUGUGAGUCAAGCUUUAUUUGAUGCUACUGAGAAAGUCAAAAAACAAAGAGGAGACCCAGACAUGUGGGUGAAGGAAUUUUCCACUUUGCUAAAAGACCAGCUAACAUUCAACUCCUUCUGUUGUCAAAACUUCAGUGACAUAAACAAUUUUGACUUUCUAAAAGUGGAGACAGAGAAAGGCCUUGAAUCUGUCAUAAAGGAAGUGAGCAGCCUCUCACUGGAUAAGAUGGAGGAAUUCAGGAUGAAGCCUGAUCAAAUCCUCAUCGAUCAGCUGUGUAACUGUUGCUGGGUAAAGUGUCCAUUCUGUGCAGCUGUUUGUACCAACACAUUGAAAGAUCACAGUCCUGAUGACCACAGCGUGCCCUUUCAUCGAUCUGCUGCAGUCAAGGGUUUUCACUACAGAAACACAGAGAUACUGAGUGUUAAUUUCUGCACAACAAAUGUUGCAAGUGAUGGAGGUUUUUACCCUCGUGAAGAUCCAGAAAAGCUCAUUCCCCAUAAACAGUACCGAACUGCUGGCCCACGGCAUGCUAACUGGAGAAUCACCCCUGAUGAGUCUAAGCUGAAAUAUUGGACAUGGUUUGUUUGUCGAUUUCAGAAGCAACUGGAAGAUCACUAUAAAUUAAAAUUCCAGGGCCGUGGUGAAAUUCCCAGUGAGUGGAAAACACACUCUAAAGAAGAAGCUAUCAAAAGUCUGGAUGAAAUGUUCAACCUGUGAGUGAGCCAACACAACAACAACACUGCUGAAAAUCAUAAUGAUACUUGUUUUCCAACACAUCCUCAUACCUAAACGACAAAAUAAGUCAAUUAAUUUUUCCAAAGACUCUCAGAACAACAUAUUAUAUAUGACUCUUCUAUUUACUGUCGCACGGUGGCUGUUUUUGACAUAUGAUAAUAACCCUGACUGUAAAUAUAAGUUGUUAUUGCAUUUCUUAUUAAAUACAUUCAAAUGUAUGUUUUGAAGUUCAAUGAACAUGCAAAUAGAUGUGAGAAGCAUAUAUUGUCAAGAAUUAUCAACUGCAAUUACUAAUGCAAAAAAGUAAUGGAAAACAUAUUUCUUUGUUAACCUUAAUCAUUUCAAAAUAAUUACAUCUGAAAAUCAUUUUAAACAAGUAUUGUCUUGUCGGUUUGUAUUUUUGCAUGUUGUACAUCUUGUUAUGAAAAUCGCUGUGUUUAAAUGUUUAUGUGCUUGAAGAUGCCAAAACAUAAUGAAGUAUAACCUGAGACUGCUAAACCGUAAUCAUAUCAAGUAAGGAUAAAGGCCUAAAAUAAGUAUUAGGCAUCUGUUGAUAAGCAUGUUUGUAACAAAUAAUGAUAUUCAAGUCUAAUUUGCAAUGUAACUAAUUCUUCAGUUUCAUGCUUCCUCCCUGAGUGUACAUGGAGGUUCUUUCUGCUCUUCAUCUCACCCUAACUAGAUGCAACAGGUUCUCUGUUUGCCACAAGUCUCUGCAUUUCACAAUGAAUUAUGUUGAACAUUUCGAACAGAACUGAUGAAGAAUGCUUUAUGUUUCUUAAGUAUUUGAAGUGUUAAUAUGUAUUAUGUUUAACUCAUUUCAACCAAUCUGUUAUUUUGUCCAUACAAUGUUUAACUCAUUUCAAUAAAUAUGUUAUAUCCACA